AUAGUGUACCGACUAGUUUUAAACGCCUUUCACUGGGAACAAAACAUAAAUUCUAAUCCCAGUUUGGUUUUAGCAAUGACCGAAGAAACACCAUCGUCUCUUCAGCAAGAUGAUCCUGUGGAUAUGGAAGGCACAGGAUCAGAUGUAGAACUCGAAAGAGGAGGGAAACAAGCAAAACUUGACGAAGAAGACAGCGACAAUGAUUCCACCGUCAGCAGUUCCAAUUCGAAUUCAACGCAAGCCACAAUUGGAAAGAGAGGAUUUCGUGGAAAAGGCAGAAAGAAGAAAAGUUUAGCGUUCAAAUGCGCGAAUUUUCUCAGGGUACAGUGGAUUUUUCACAUCUUUUCCAGUUAUUCAAAGUUCUUAUGAUGACAUUUGAAGUUUUGGUUAUUGACGUUUCCCGCGCACUUAAAAUAUCUUUGUUGGAGCUGGGAACCACGUGCAUCGCUUUUCAACUUGGAAAGCUUUAAGUUUACAGAACGCAUGUUUUUGUUCUAAGAAAUACAAGGAAAAGAAAUGAAGCAGAUAUGAUGGAAUCUUGCGAGUAAUUACUGCUAAGAUUCUGACUUUGUUUCUACCCUUCGCCUGCCAUCUUAAUCAACUUAAAUUCGCUAGUGAUCAUUAGCUAAACUCUCCCCACAGUAGUACUAUUCUGUCAAGUAGGCAAUGUGUGAAAAUCGAGAAAAUUUUCAGUACGAAUUUGCUGGUUUCAUCAGAGAAAUGUUCUGGUUAUUUGCAAGGAGAAAUACCCUUAGUAUCAUGAGAGUAAAAAGGUACAUACAUCAAGUAGUGAGUAGUAUUCCAAUCAGUGAACCUGAUGAAAAAGUGUUAUCAGAUUUGGAUUAAGUGAUUUGUUGCUGUUUUCUGACUGUGAAUGAACAAUAAGUUAAGAUAUGACAUGGUAUGGCCACAAAUAUGUCGACUAGGAAAAGUCACAUCUUGAAAAGACAGGGUAUAUUUCAGAGAGUCUUGUGUGCCUAUAAACAAGUUUAUUUCAUGUUGUCACUUUAGUCAUAGUUGAGCGUAAUUUAAAUUGAUCAAAUUUGAAUUAUAUUUGAAUUUAGGGCAUCAGGAAAUGCUAGUUGCUUCCAUGAUUUCUUGCACAAUUUGCUUUGUUGCAACAGCAAGGCUUGUUACAUUGUUAUAGUUUAUAACAUGUAGACAUGGAUUUUGUCAACUAGAUUUUUUUUCUUGUGUGAAUAUAACAGGAGGAUCACAAACAGCCUAUAUUUGCUGUGCAGUUUAAUCACAAUGUACCAGAAGGAACAGAUGAUCUCAACAUGUUUGCAACAGUUGGAAGUAACAGGGUAAUAUAUAGGUUUUGAAGAAAAAUUUUGUGCAUCAGGAAAAAUCUAACUCUCUCAUGAUGAUUUAAACCAAGAGUAGUCAACUUUCCCUGUCAGAUACUUUACCAGAUGAACCUUAGAGCUCUUUUUGGGGAGCUAGUCUUCAUACAAGGAGGAGCAAUGUCAGAGGUGUCUAGGAAGGUUUAGAGUGGGACUGGUAGUCACUUUGUUGAGGAAGAUGUGCCGUAUUUGUCACAAGUGGAAUUUUAUUUUGAACCUCAAUAAAAACAUAUUAUGCAAAGGGGUUUACCAAGUUUGUAAAGAGGAAACAAGAUAGAGAAUGUGAAUUCUGAACAAUGUGAUUUGUCCUCAGGUGACAAUCUACCAGUGUGAAGCAAAAGGUGUGAUCAAGCUACUUCAAGCAUAUAUGGAUGCCGAUGUAUCUUUUUCAUCUAAAUUUGAGAACUCUUAGUCGCCCUCUGCCCUACAAAGUAUACAAGACAAGCUUUAUUUUCAGUUCUGUCAGAGGAGGUUAGCCAGUCUAAUAUGACUAAUUACCAUGUAUUGAAUGAAGGGUGUAAGUUUCUAAAGAAACUGUGAUGUUGCAUCAGUGGGGGAGUAUAAUAUGAUAAUUUGGUUUUAUCAACUGAGUUGAUAACUGUAAAUUGGUCACUGUUAAGAGUUUCGAGAGCUUUGAAACUCUUCACGGUGGCCAAUUUACAUUUAUUUAUCAACUCAUCUGAUUAAACCAAAUUAUCUGAUUACCAGAUAUUGUUCUCAGCUGGUAACCAGUCUGUUUGUUAAGACAUUUAUGAGUUCAAAAAGUGCUCCAUCUACAUUAGUCAUAAUGGUUAUAAACCUUUAACAACUCAUAGCCAGAGGAGAGUUUCUACACAUGUGCGUGGUCCUACCAUCCUGAUACAGGGGAGCCUUUACUUGCUAUUGCUGGUACAAGAGGAAUCAUCAGAUUCAUCAGGUUAUUACCAUGAUGAUGAUUAAUGAGUGUUAUGAAUCUUUCUGUUGUCUAUUUCAGUGGUUCGUGUUUUUUAUUUAAACUUGUCGUUCUCUUCCCUAAAUCUGAUGUCCUAUUACUUGUUUGUGAAUAUGGUAGAUCAUCAAACUUUUACUGUAAGUUCCUGUCAUGUAUUACUAAAGAACUACACACCCCAAACAAUAUGGCGGUUCGGCAAGUAAAAGACUUUUUAAUGAAGCCUCAUGCGUGCGCAUGAGCAAACCAUAUAUGGUAACACACAACAUACAACACACUGGAAAACCAUAACAGUUCCCAAUGGAAAAAGUUUGUCUCAUUAACUAAAGGUGUUUUACUUAAAUGUGUUUUAUUCUGUUUCAGUCCAAUAAGCAUGAAUUGUAUCAAGGUUAGUAAUCAUUUUUUGAGUUUGUAUAGUUUUUUCUAGUUAUUUGCAAGGACCAAAUUUAUUGUGCACUUCUUGAUGUAUUUACUGGUGAUGUAGUGAUUUUCUGUAUGAAAACACUAACCCAAUAGUAAUUUUAUAAACUUGAUUUUGGUUUCCCAUUGAUCUCUUUAAUGCGCUGCAGCCCUUAUCUGUGCAGAAAUUUUUGGGUGAAAGGGUGUGGCUUAUAAGCAGGCGUUGACGGUAUAUUUAGUUAGAAAUGUGUGAUUAUUUCACUGAUAUCUUUGUCACUUGUGUGUGCUGAUUGUUACUCACAGCAUUAUAUUGGUCAUGGAGGAGCCAUUAAUGAACUCAAGUUCCAUCCAGUGGAUCCUUAUUUACUUCUAUCAGCAAGCAAAGGUAACACAAUUGCAUGCUUUUUAAUCAAGUAUAGCAAGUUAUCUGGGAUCACAUUGCUUUUGGUCUGCUUUGCUCUGUGCCUAAAGAUCACAUAGCUUUUUAUGCAUCACACAGUUGGUAUGACAACCAUUUCAUUCUAUCAAGGCAGGUAAAGAUAAUUUGUCUCAAAGCAAGCUAAGGUUAUAUUUCAGUUUUUUGUUUGUUUGGCAGAUCACAGUCUAAGACUUUGGAAUAUCAAAACAGAUGUGUUAGUUGCAAUAUUUGGUGGAGUGGAUGGACACAGAGAUGAAGUCCUCAGUACAGUAUGUAUCUCAGAAAAGUAUCUCAUAGUUUUUCUUCUUUCUCUUGUUUCCUCUGUUUUCUUUUUCUCUCCUUUCAUUUCCCUCAUCAUCUCAUGGAGCCAAUUAACAUACUCAUUGGGCUUUUAAAGAAAUAUAAAAAUUGAAAUGCAGUAUACUACUUCUCUGGGGCUUGGCCAGUUUCACUGCAUUCUGUUUCCUUUUUCUAUUAAUGUUCAAUUCACUUUGCUUUCUUUGAUAGUUUUGAAUUCUGUGAUCCUUUUAAUAUUUUGUCCAAGUUCAGUUAAUAGAUUGAAGCAGUACCCCUCUCAAUGUGAUAAAAACAUACCAAAUGGAAAUUUUAAAGACAGGCUUUUUUUAACUGUGAAAUCAUUCUGAAAUUAACUUACAAUUAAGUUAAACAUUAACUUUCAAGCUUUGUUUUGUUUGUAAUAGAUUGUUUGUUAACUUUUCACAGGAAAAGUGUGAGGUGUCAUGUUGUUCUUGUUGACGUGUCUUUUGAUUUGUUCAAGGACUUUGAUAUUCUGGGUGAAAAGAUGGUGUCCUGUGGUAUGGAUCACUCACUGAAGAUAUGGUCUCUUCAAACUGAUGCUGUCAAGAAGGUAAAAUCAAACUGAAGAUUUUUCAGGCUUGUAAAUUCCUAAAAUUUAUCUCAGGAUGCAAUCAAAAGCCCCGGUGUAAUGUUCUACAUACAGUAAUUGUUUGUAAUGUCAGCACUGAGUUUUGUCAUAAUUGUUAAGGUAUCUUUGAGGGAGACAUGAUACCAAAAGCUGGAUGAGCUAUAAUGUGUGUUUAAUCUAAGUUACAAUUUAUCUUUUAACAUUUGAUUGCUUUCUCCUCAUUUUUUCCUCUUUCUUGUCUUAGGCUAUUGCAGAGUCCCAUUCUUACGAUCAAAGCAAAACUGAGAAGUGAGUAUUUCCCAGGCAGAAUUUACUGUCUUUGAAAUGCAUGGUUCAAGAAAUACCUGUCGUGAAAUAACUCUCCUCUCCACCCACAUUUUGGUCUCAAACCAGACAGCAGCUGCAAAGAAGGAUACUUAGGGGUUUAUCAGACUCUAUCCAAUAGUGACACAUGUUAUUGUGUUAUAAUUUAUGUGACAGCUGUUGGAAGUUAAACAACAGAGGUUGACAAAGAGACAUGUUAUGUUAACUUAAUGCUUAAUGUCCUUGCCAUGUAUUCAAGCAGCUGGAUUCAAGCCUAGGCCUCAUCAUUGGGAUUUGUUCUUUUUGAAGACACUUUACUUUCUCAGUGCCACUUUCCUCUUGUAUCCAGUAAUAGCAGUCACAUCCAUUUGAUAAUAUGUUGGCAAGCACACAAACCUUUAUGUGGUGCUAUUUUUAGGUUUUAAUUUGAUUAGUUUCAGGAUUUUACUAAAGUAUAAAAUAAAUGCAGUUUCUUGUCUUUAAAUGCUAAGCAGUUGGCCCCUUAGCAUCACUCAGGAGAGAGGAGCAUUGGCCAAAACCAGUCAGCUUUACUUUAGCAAAAGGCUGUCUUGCGUGCCUGUGUUUUUCUUCUCCACCUGUCCUGUUUGUUUGGUCUUUGUGUUCAUAUGUUUAUGACAACUUUUUUUCUAGCACUGGUCGUGUUAUGGAUAAAAUAAUCCCAUACUCUUUAGUGGUGACUUCUAAGUGAUUUGUUGUCUUUUUAUUGCAGAGCUUUUCACACUGUCAAGCUCCACUACCCUGACUUCACCACCCGCGACAUUCAUAGAAACUAUGUGGACAGUGUUCGCUUCUUUGGUGACCUCAUCUUGUCUAAGGUCAGUUACUUUUAUCACUGUAGAAUAGUCAAGCUCUGUUAUGAAAAAGCAUCUAUCUGAAAUUUUGAUCAAGUCCACAAAGAGAGCAAUCGGGGUGUGGCUGGCACUUUAUUUGACCCCCUGAUAAAUAGCACAUUAACACCACGUAAUAUUGUACCCCUUUCUGAAGCUUUCCUCUGUGAUUUCCACAGAUACCUGGCACAAGAACUUACUUUGAUAUUAUAUUUAUAAUAAAAUAUAGAUGAACUGACUUUAACUAAACCUGGUUUUCUACCUUUGGAUUUUGAGUGUAGAUGAAGAAAAAACAAAAAAAUUGAUACGGGUAAGAGGGAGACCUGGGAAGGGUAGAUUUGUUUGAAAAUCAUUACAGUUGUAACAACAGUUGUGUUCAGGAUUGGAGGAUCUUUGAAUUCACCCUCUUUAAACGCAACUGAACCUUCCCAUUUAUGAAUCUAUACAUCGGUUAAUAACUCAAUGAAUAUCUUGUUUUCAGUCAUGUGAAAACUGCAUUGUAUGCUGGAAACCACAAGAGCAAUUUGAGGACAUUUUUAAUGGGGUAAGAAAUAGAGAAUGUAUUUAUUUCAUUACAGAGGGUAUGUACCUCGUAGUUAUCAUUUUCCCUUUUGGUCUCCAGAGUGGUUAGGUCAUCAACUUAUUAAGUGAGUUGAUUUUUAUAAGGACCUCCCAUUAAUCCUUGUUGGUGAAGUUUGCGUCCAUAAUGAGCGAGUCAAAACAAUUACAAAAGUGAUAAUUAAUUCCUUACCCUCUCUCUUUUGCAGCCUUUCAAUUCUGAUCGGGUUGUAACAGUACUUCACCGGUGAGGAAAUGCGGAUUGUUUCCAUAAGGAAAAAUCUUUUUUUCCGUACUCAAGUGUUCAUUUAUGCUGGGACUUUUUGCAUUCUUUAAUGUUAGUAUCUUUUUCUUUUUUUUUUUUUUGUACAGGUUCGAGUUUUCCCAGUGUGAUAUCUGGUACAUGAGAUUCUCUUUAGAUUACGAGCAAAGGGUAAGCAUUUAUUUUCAGAAUCUUUUACUGACGUUAUCAACCCAACGGUGAGCACAUGGGAGUCUGGAUCGAGAGAGCUUGGUAUUUGAGCUCUGACCAGAGUAACAGUGAGGUUUGUUUGCAGAAGACAUGUCUCUCACAAAGUGCCCUACCUUCUCUGGUACAUUAGUCGUUUUAAGUCACAUAGAGUCGCCAUUGGUUCUUGGACCCAACAACUUCUAAUUCGGAAAUGUGUCAAAACACUAUUCAGUAUGUUAACCAAGAAAACGCAGAUGAAGUGAAGAGGACUUUUUCUUUAGUUGCUUGCCUUUUAAAUGGCUGAGACCAAGAAAUAAAAACGGAAACAGUCGUUUGUCGUAGCCUUUUAUACUCCAACAUCAGUAUGCGUAUUCUCUCUGCUGUGGUCUUUACAUACUUAUGGUACUGACAGGGAGAAUUUGUGGAAAAAUCAAGAGCCUCUUCAAUAGGUGAUCAUUUCCAAUAUUCUUACGACCUUAAUGGUUGAUUCAGAAGUAAUACUGUCCCGAGAAAUUAGAGGCUGGGUACUGUUAGGUAUUAAAGUAUUAAGACGCGGUUAACUCCUUUCUUUUAAGUCUUUAAAAAAGAAAUACACUCUUUGCAGCUAAGACGCUUUGCAACUGUUACUGAGAGCGCAAAAUUGACCACAUCAUAUAUUUUAUUACAAUUUCUAUUGCAUUCCAGCUAAUGGCUGUUGGGAAUCAAACAGGGAAGACAUUCGUUUGGGAUAUUGGCGUUGACGAUCCAACAAAAGCUAGGUAAUGCAAAUUAUUACGAUACAUUUCUAUUCAAGUUCAAAUAAUUUUUUUAAUUUCGUGUCCUUGGUUUGUAUUAAAAUUUGUGUUGGAGAGAUAUUUAGACAUUGGUGAGAAGGUCAUAAUCGUGGUUAGUUAUCAUUCAUUGUGGUUGCCAAAUACUGAAAAUAAGGCCAUGUAGAAGACACGUGACCAUUGCAAAGCCAGGCAAUUUUGCUACGAAAUUUACAUACAUGCAUGACAAGCAACCACGUGAUCUCGUGAAACUAACUUCAAGUAAAGUAUACAAAUCUUAACCUGCUCUGCUGGUUUUUUUGGGCGUUAACGUUAGAAGAUCGCGGUCGUUUAUCCGACCAGCCAUGUUUGAUUUAGAGUUGAAGUGAAGGGUGGGGGAGGGGGCAGGGAAAGGCCCCACUCCCUCCCCUCCUUCCUUUUGACCGCCGCUCAUCGACUUUCCGAGUUUUCCGCUGCUGUAAAAAUCAAAGAUGGCAACUAUUAUUUUCACCAAGAGUACUUGGUGCUAGCCCGCCAAAAUUAUGACUGCUAUGUAGUUUAUAAAAUCUCGGUUAACCAUUUCUUCAACCUCUCAGAUACGCUUAUUUCUUUUCUCAAUAAUAUCCUAGGGGUAGACUUAUUUGCAUAAACUGCAUGUUGUUAUCUUAGAUCGACAACGCUUGGGCACAACAAGUGUGUAUCGGCCAUCAGACAGACGGGAUUUAGUAAGGACGGCAAGUAAGUCUGCACUGAAAUGUCUACAGAGUUAAGCUUUACAUAUCGUUAACUUUGGAAAUUGUUACAUAUCGAAUCUACUUCUGAUUUCCUUCUUUUCAGGAUUCUAAUAUCUGUUUGUGAUGACGGAACGUUAUGGAGGUGGGACAGAGUCAGAUAA